GUUCGUCUAAGCUCCUCAAUCACCAACAUGAGGGCGUCAACUUCUCUCAUCGCACUCGCCGCGUCGCUUCAGACUGCAUCUGCUCACUAUUACUUCCCCCACCUAAUCGUAAACGGCACCAAAACUCCAGAAUUCAAAUAUGUCCGCGACGUCCUCCCAGCCAACUCAACCUCCGACUACCCCGACCCAGUCAACGCUUACAAUGGCAAAGAAGCCCCCGUCUACGGCGCAUUCGACACAUCCUACGUGACCGACAUCCGCUGCGGACGCUCCGCACACCUCGCAGCGUCCAAAACACUCACCGCCGAUAUCCUCGCCGGCAGCGAAGUCGGCUUCGCAAUCAAGACUUAUAUCGACGACAGCUACAACUUCGGCAUUUUUCAUCCGGGACCCGCGCAGUUGUGGUUGAGUAAGAGCGAGGAUUUAAGCACGGAUUUGGGGGAUGGGGAGUGGGUCAAGAUUGGGUAUCAGGGGCCGAAUAGCAGUACGACUUGGAGCACCGACCGGGCUACGGAGUUGUUUUUCGAUAUGCCGGAGUCGACACCGCCGGGGACUUAUCUUCUCCGUCUAGAAUUGCCCUUCCCUAUCAAGGACUGGCCAGGGCAUAGCCAGUGGUAUACCAAUUGUGCGCACGUCAACAUUAUCGGAAGCGGCGGAGGUUCCCCUGGUCCCUCGGUGAAGCUUCCAGAAGCCUAUAAUGUUUUGGACCCGGGCAUCAAUUACGAAGACGGUGUCGAUUACAAUGAGGGCUUGGAGAAUUACAAGCCGCCUGGCCCGGAGGUGUGGAGCGGGUAAUUGGUAUUGCAUCGAUAUCAGCAU